GAAACAGCUGAUCGGUGAAAAUAACCUAAACUUGGAGAAAUUUGUUUUGUUUUUCUUAUAUCCUUUGCUUAUAACCCAAAUAAAGUAUAUUAUUUAUGAAUGGAAUGUUAAAUUACUGCUUUUGAAAUGUGGUUUACAGUUAUAAGAAAUGUUAUUUGUCCGCCGUCAACGAUUGUGUAUAGGACAUUGAAAUCCGGACGUCCUAGAGUGCGGUUUGCUCCGAGCCCUACAGGAUACUUGCAUUUAGGAGGUCUACGGACAGCUUUAUAUAACUAUUUAUUCGCAAAGUCUCGUGAGGGCACUUUUAUAUUGCGAAUAGAAGACACUGAUCAGACUAGGAAAGUCGACGGUUCUAUUGAAGCCUUGGUUAAGGAUUUAGAAUGGGCUGGGAUUGAAUAUGAGGAGGGACCAGGCAAAGGAGGCUGCGGCCCCUAUGUACAGAGUGAGAGGUUGGACAUUUACCAGGAGUACAUUACAAAACUGCUCAAAAAUGGAACAGCAUAUCGUUGUUUCUGCACCGAACGUCGGUUGAACAUCCUUCGUAGAGACGCGGUCAAGUCACAGAGGGUACCUAAAUACGAUAAUCGUUGCCGAAACCUAACUAACGAGGAUAUUAAAAAGAAAUUGACUGCUGGAACACCAUGUUGUAUAAGAUUUAAGCUCACGUCAGACGUCCAGGCCUUCGAAGACAUGAUUUAUGGAGGGAUAGCAUACGACGUGUCUUUGAACGAGGGCGACCCAGUUCUUAUGAAGAGUGAUGGCUUCCCCACGUAUCACUUCGCGAACGUGGUAGACGACCACCUGAUGGGGGUGACUCAUGUUUUGAGGGGAGUGGAGUGGCAGAUAUCUACUACUAAACAUUUGUUAAUAUACAGGGCUUUCGGCUGGAUGCCGCCGCAGUUCGGGCAUCUGCCCCUUAUCGUGAACUCUGACGGCACCAAGCUUAGCAAACGACAGUGCGACGUCAGGGUUGAGGACUACCGGAGAAAUGGUAUAUUUCCCCUGGCUCUGGUGAACUAUAUCACGCUGUCUGGUGGAGGAUUCGACCACAUCCCGGGCGCAGGAGUCAGGCUGAAGACCAUGGACGAACUUGCUCAGGAGUUCCAGAUAAGGAAAAUAUCAUCCCACCCGACACGCAACAACCCAGACCUCCUAGAAGAAUGCAACAGACUCGAAAUAAAACGGCAAAUGAAGGACGAAGAACUUUCCCAGGAAUUGAUCAACAAACUACAGAAUCUGAUCUCUCAGAAAUACAGAGGUCAGAACCUGAACGUCUCCAACGACCACAUAAAAGGAGUUCUCAACUGGGCAUUGUCAAGAAUGACCCGAAUCGAAGACUUAGUUUCCAAUAAGUUCGGGUUUUUAUGGAUCCUACCCGCUAGCGACCAGCAAGAGUUAGACAAGGAAUUGCUCGAAAAACUGUUGAUAAACCUUGAGAGUUUAGAAUCCUUUGAUCAGAGUACUCUAAAAGACCACCUGAAGCAGUUCUCUCAGAGUCAUAAUGUGAAGUUUCCACAACUGAUGAAGAUGUUAAGAGCUGCUCUAAGUGGGCUGAACGAGGGUCCAGGUGUGGCGGAAAUGAUGCAGUUAUUGGGUAAAGGUCAGUCUUUAGAACGAAUAAAGGCUGUCGUGCGAUAACAA